AUGGAAGAAAGAAAGUCGUCACUAAAACGGGUUUUCAUCAACAACAUCGACUCCUACUCAUCUAAAUAUAUAUCAAAGUUUCUGUCUGAAUGCGUUGUUGGAGCUCAUAGUGAGGAUGAAGAGGAGGAGGAGUCAGUGGACACCAAUAUUAAUAAAGAAAAAGCCUUUGAGAUAGUGGGAACUGUCUCUGAAGAACCACAGGAGAACAGAGAUUAUGUGUUGGAGCAGUACUAUCAGCUGAAAAGGGAGGAGCUUCUACCCAAACUUCUAGACUGUAAUGUAAUUGUUUAUAACAUUACUCAACACCAGGACCAAGUGGACGAGGCUUUCUGGGCUGUUGCAACCCUUCACAAUGAGUUGGACAAUUUCACUGGGCCAAAGAUGUUCAUCCUUGUGUCCACAGUCAUGACCUGGGCCUGCAGAAAACCCAUUGAUCCAGAGGAUGAGGAGAAGCCUUUCACUGAUGAAGAUUUCCGUCGGCGAAGACCACAUGCAAACUUCAGAGCUCACAAUGAUCUGGAGAAGAGAGUGGUUCAAUUGGGAAAAACAAAUAAACACAUGUUCUCUACUUAUGUGGUGGUGUCGGGAAUGCAGUAUGGAAUGGGAGAGCAGAUCUUUCAUUACUUUUUCAAGACAUCAUGGGAGGGACUGAAAGCUGAAGUUCCUGUUUUUGGAGAUGGCACCAACAUCGUUCCCACAAUCCACAUCAAUGACCUAGCAAGUGUUAUACAGAAUGUGAUUGAACACCGCCCAAGCCCAUACUACCUUUUGGCUGUCGACUAUUCCAGUCACACUAUGGAGGAGAUUGUACAGGCAAUUUCUAAUGAACUUGGACCAGGAAUUAUCAAGAAAAUACCACUCGAGGAGGCCUACCUUAUACGAGAAAUCACUGUCAUGGAAAUUGACUACAUGACGGUGAAUUUGAGAAUGGAGUCGGCCCAUUUGAAAGAGCUGCUGUCUAUUUCUUGGCAGUGUGAGAAAGGACUGGUGGAAAACAUUGGUCAAGUAGUUCAAGAAUACAGACAAUACAGAGGACUACAGCCCAUCCGCAUUUGUGUUAUGGGGCCCCCUGCUGUUGGGAAGAGCACUCUGUCUAAAAUUAUCUGCAAUCACUACAAACUUCAUCAUGUCAAACUGAAGCCAACCAUUACACAGACCCUUGAUAAACUGAAAGAAACAGUGAAUAAAGAUCCUUCAGUGGAGACGAACAGCACAGCAGACGCCCAGGAGCUGCUCAACAGUCUCACUGAAAGUAUGGAGCAGAAUGAAGGUUUUUUGGAAGAGCACCUGCUGCUGAAAGUGAUGAGGGACAAACUGAUGACCAAACCCUGCCAGAACCAAGGCUUUGUUUUGGAUGGAUUCCCCAAAACUUAUGACCAAGUGAAAGAACUCUAUGAAAAUGAUGAGGAAGAAGAGGAUGAAACAGUCUCCAACAAGAUACUGCCAGAGUUUGUGUUUGUCCUCGAUGCCUCCGAUUUGUUUUUGAAAGAACGAGUUAUAAACCUGCCAGAGACGGAGGUGGAGAAGAACAGCUAUGAACCGGAGCUCUUCCUGAAGAGACUGAGCCGAUACAGACAUAGGAACAGUGAAGACUCCACUGUCAGCGACUUCUACGACGAGUUUAACAUCACCACUUUGAACUUGGAAAUCACAAGCAAGGAUGAACCCAGCUGUUUGCAUCUGUUGGAGAAGAUCAUUGAAACUGUAGGUCCAUCUCGAAAUUACAGCCCCACCAUCGAAGAGAUGGAGGAGGAGGAGUGGAAAAAGAUGGAGGAGAAACAGAGGAGUGAGGCACAGAGGAAAGAAGAAGAGGAGAAGAGAGAGGCAGAGGAGGCCAGAGAGAGAGCUGCCCGCUGGGAGGAAUGGUCCAGGUCUGUGGAGCAGUUGCGUCGUGAGGAGGAGGAUCUUCUGGAGGCUGAGACAGCACAGAUGAGGAGUUACCUGAUGGAGCAUGUGAUGCCCACUCUGUCCCAGGGCCUGCUGGCCUGCUGCUCCGCUCAGCCACAAGACCCUGUCCACUUCCUGGCGGAGUAUUUGAUGAACAACAACCCCUUAAACUGGACUAAACUGUAA